AUGCUUUGGAGUUCGAAUAAAGGAGACGCGUCUACCACUCAUGACGAGGAAGAUGUUGAGAAGUCCGGCGACGAUGUUCCACAGGAAAUUGUGCUGGCGCAGCCGCAACAGGGACGGACUCUGCUGCCUGCGCCAGCCGCUGCAAUCAUAAGCGGAGUCACCGGACUCACUUCGUUCUACGUGCGCGGUGCUACGAAAGUCGGAGGAUGGGGUCUCUACGCUGGCAGGGAAGCUACUCUGAAAACCUUGUCCGUCAGUCGAAGCGCAUUGGAAUCUAUUCUCAUCGCUGCGGGGAGGGAUGUCUCUGCCCGAAGCAAUGGCGAGCUGGGACGCGCUGAGGCCGAGAACUUGUUGGAGAGGAGCAUCUCUGCUUUGCACUCGACCAUCUCAACCACUUCCUUCGUUGCCUCAACAGGAUUUUACCUGACGGAAGCCUUCAUGAACUCGAUAUCCGGCAUCUCCAUUCAAGGUCUGGCCACACUCAACGCCAUCCUCGGCUCCACCGAGUCCUCUCGGGCCGUUGCCGCCAUCAUCACGCUGAUCCGAGACGAGCUUAACAAGCCUGAAGUUGGUGGCAGUGGGGAAGUGGUCACAUAUUUGGAUCUCAUCAUCGGGACUAUUGGUUUUGUUCUCCUGCAAAGAUGGGGCAGGCGCAAGACAGAGCUCGACUUUCGGGAUGCCGGUGGUGAAGAGACGAUCUGGGAUGCUGUCAUUGACGACAAGGGUUUCAGAGCCGACGUGGUGGGUACAAGAAGGAAGGGCAUGAUCAGCCUCAAUACCAACGUAUGCGGACCGGCCAUGACGUUCGCCUCUCCCGACGAUGAAGAUGAAUUCGAAGCCCUGGAACGGGGCACCCUCUACGAUGCUCAGACGGUCGCGCUGUCCCCAGAAGAUCACACCAAGCUGUCCGACGAGGAAAUUCAAGAAAGGAUCAGGAGUCAGUUGCCCACUGGUGCUCGGGCCGUCAUUACGUCGGAAACCAUCACGGCGAAGACGAUCAAGGUCGAUAUCUACGAUGGUCACACCGCUCACAUCGAUCCCCCGCCUGGGACCGUCAUGGUAGCUGAAAGGUUGAACCAUGAAAGCUCGGGCAACGGCAUGCAAGGCGUGCCCCAUCAAACCGUCAUCUUUCGCACAGCUUUGAAGAGAUCGAGCAGUGCAGAGAUGCCUUCACCAGCUGAUCAAUUGCGACUGACAGCCAAUCAAGGGUCCCCUCCUGAUCACCCCGAUGUCGAGGACAUGCUGGAGAUGAGAAGCGCACCAAAGCGGAUCUCCAUCGUCGACGAACCCGUUCAGAUAGAACCAGCAAUGUUUUCCGGCUCCGAGCGAGAGGAGGAAGCCAUUGAGUCCUCUUCACCUCCGACAUCAUCACCUCCAAAGUCCAGUGGACCCGUCGCGAAUCAGAAGAAGAGCCGUCGACCGGUUCUCCCUGCGGGCAAAUCGUCGUCAAAUACCGGCGCCACCAGUCGGAUACCCUUGAUGAAGCCCAAGAAAGACAAGACUUCGCUGGGUGCAAAAAACGACAAAGGUGGUGUGCUGAAGAAAGCACUGAAGACACUUAGCCCCAGUCAAUCUUCAGCGGCGGUCAAGGAUAUUCAACGAACGCCCUCGAAGCCGCAGAAACAACUACCGUCUGUGCCGGUCCAGGCCUCCAGGUCUCGGGCGCCAUCGACUACUCGUGGAGACUCUACACCUCACCGAGCUUUCGCUUCGUUGGGCCAUACCCCUUUGACCAGUCCAAGUCUACAUCGUGCAGCAGAAUCGUCCACAAGUUACUUUGCUGUACAGCACAGAAGAAGAGACUCGAUUGUAUCACAGACCACCGAGACAUUUUCGGUACAUUCACACGACAGCCGGCCGGGCUCACCCACGUUUACCAGGACUCGAACCCGAGUAGUGAACGGCUUGACGCCAACAAGAUCAGAGCUGGGUAUGGCUCUGGACGAAACGGAAUCAAGGCUCGACCCGAGCACCGGGACGGUCCAUCACCGGCGGUCUCGUUCUUUCGUGCCCAGUCUUUAUUCGAUGGCCACCAAAGAUUCCAAGGAGGCUAUCCUGCUCGCGCCAAAGACACCUUUGCCGCGUAAAUCCAUCUAUGAAGACCACAGCAUAUUGGCUUCCCUCAUCAACGACGGCAAGGUGCCUGGGAUAUUUCCCGACCGCCAUCUGGUAAAGACAGUUCGACGAUUCGCACGGUUUGCAUCGGCCUCCUAUGGCUCGAACUUCCUGAGGAUAAUGGGGCUUACUACGUCCGAAGACGACCUCAGCAAAUCCACUGAAUUGAUGACUCUGAAUGUACAUCAUGAACAUAGCUCCUUCUCGUCCCAUACUGGUUUACCUCCGGACACAAUCCUACUGUCGUCCUUUUAUGACCCCAAAGGAGUUACGGGCAACACCGACUGGUCGCCGUCGGCUAUAUCUCCACUGAUCCAUUUUAUCUCGAUCGACGACGAUUCCAAAGCAGUUGUUUUGACUUGUCGCGGAACACUUGGCUUCGAGGAUGUUCUCACGGACAUGACAUGCGACUAUGAUGAUCUCCUCUGGCAAGGCCGGCGCUACAAAGUACAUAAAGGCAUCCACGCCUCCGCGCGGCGCCUCCUAGGCGGUAGUGGAAGCCGCAUCCUUGCCACCAUCCGCGCAACGUUGGAGCAGUAUCCCGACUACGGCCUCGUUCUCUGCGGACACUCCCUUGGUGGCGCAGUCGCCGCUAUUCUCGCCAUUCUCAUCGCCGAGCCAUCCGGUGACGGCUCCAAAACCGCGUUCAUCACGGGCAACAAACCGAAACUGCUCACCCACCAGCCCGCGAAUGGGCCCUAUACAUCCUACAUCCCGCCUAUAACCCUCCCUGCUGGCCGGCCCAUCCACGUCUACGCCUACGGCACACCCGCGUGCAUGUCCGAACUCCUCCGCUCCGCCACCUGCGGCCUGAUAACCACCAUCGUCAACCACGCAGAUAUUGUGCCGUGUCUGUCCUUGGGCAUCCUCCACGACUUUAGGACGGUAGCACUGCACCUCAAGCACGAUACAUCCGACGCACUCGGCGCUCUCAAGACACGCGUGUGGAACCGCCUCACCAACGCCGUCAAGUCGGCAUUCUACAACAAUCCCCAGGGCCCGCCUCCGCCGGAGAACAUGGCAGGGGACGGCCUCGGCGAGGAUACCUGGGCAUGGGCCGCGCUGAAGACCCUGCGCGCCGCGAUGGUCAACGACAAACUCGUCCCACCGGGCGAGAUCUUCGUGGUUGAAACGACACGCGUGUUUGACCGGCUGGAUCCUGACGUUGCGAGAGAGGCGGUCUUUGGACCGGACGAUUCGAGGGAUGAUCGCACGGAGAAACUCUACCGCGCUCUCGGACGGCCUGCCACACGAGUGAGGAUGACGUGGGUCAGGGAUGUGGAGAGGAGGUUUGGAGAGCUGAGGUUCGGGAGGGAUAUGUUUGGCGACCACAGUCCGGGUCGGUACGAGGCGGCUCUGGCGGCGUUGGAGAAGGGCAUCUGUGAAGAUUGA